AUUCCCACACAGAAAAUGAUAAAUGAGCCACAAUAAUAUUCUUAUCUUAUUGAUCACACCUCCUAUAUUAUAUAACAGCCCAAUACCGUUCAAUAAUCAAUAAUGGUGGACCAGUGUAAACUAUUCCAAUAAGUUGAUAUUUGUUUAAAACUAAAUUUUUUUGUAGAUUUUUUAUUUUUCUAUUAAACCAUAAUUUGACAAAAGGUAAAUAAAUAAUUAUUUUUUCUCUGUAGUACUUAAGUUAUUUAGUAAUGGCAUUAGAUUUGAAUCAAAUACCAGCUUUACCAGCCAAAACUACAUUUGUUUUACACCUCAUAUUAAUAACUUGGGGUGUACAAGGACGAUGGAGUCCAGACUCUUAUCUUUUUUACAAUAUAAUAUUCUUGGGCUGCGUGUUGUGGGCAAUGCAUCUAACAGAAAAUGAAAAACCAGCACAGCUAGCUAUUUCUGUAAAUCUUGCAACAGUUUGUUUAGAUAUUGUUACUAUUUAUUGUUAUUUUCCCUCCUCAUUUUGGUUGUCGGAAAUAUUCAGUGUAAUUUGUGCCUUGGCAAAUUUGGUCCUGCGUUUUGUAACACUUUCUGUUCUUAGUCGAAUGUGUAUAGACAGUAGCAAUGGAGCUACUGAUGGCAUACCACCUCCCUUACAAAAUUAUAUAAGUAGAGGAACUGCUAACCCACAAACAUACGAAGACAUUGAUCAGCCUUCACAACAACAGCAAGCUCCAAGCAAUGCACCUUUUUUUACACCUUACCGUUAAAGACUACAAAGUUAUUUUAAUUCAAUUUAUGUUAUGUUAGUUAUACUAACAUUACUAACAUGAUGUUUGAAAACCGAUGUACAAUUCGGAAAAAGUCUCAUUAUUGUGUCAUAAAUUAAAAUGUUGUUUUAAACUAGUUAUUUUAAUAAUAAAAAAAUAGAUUAUUUUUGUUUAUUGUAAUUUAUAAAUUUAUAAAAAAUAUUUUAUGAUAUAAAAAUGUAUAUUUUAAAUAUAAAAAGUAAUCAAAUUAUUUUUAA